AUGGUCGUCACGCAUCUCGUUACAUCGGAAUUCACGUUAAACUCAAUAAAGAGCUUUGCUGCGAUUCCAAAGGCCACGAGAAUGCCGAACCCAGAGGUGCCAGACGUUUUGCCGGAGUUUAGAAACAUUCACUCAUUGUUGGGUCAUUCUCCUUCAACGACCACCAUUGCUGUUCUGUUCUCCGACUGCCGCCCUAUGGAAUCUAGGAAGCGCCCUCUGGCUGAUGAAGAUGACACUGUAGUCUCCAAAAAGCGCAUAGUGACAGGGACCAAUGGUAGUCCGCAUGUAAAUGAUCUCUUAGACGAAGAAGACCAGGCAUUUGGAGAGAGGCUUGAGUCAUAUCGCAAGGAAGCUAUUUAUCGCCGGAUGAAGUAUUAUUCAAGGGAGCAUGAAAGAAGUUUAGCUCGUAUACGAGAACUGGAGCGACGGAAAACCACUUGUGAGGCUGGAUUGGCAGCAAUAGCAGCUUGUUGGGCACAGCUUGUAGAAACAAUCCGAUUGUUAGUCAAGACCGACGAUAUUCCAGAAGCAAGCAUACGUGCCAAAGAGAUAUUCGACUUGACGGCCCACAUACAAAAUGAGUCUAAUACAGAGCUGAGCACAGCACUAGGCGACACAGUUAAUGCAACUCAGGCUCUCGUUACGAAAUUUGUUCAACUGGGAGGGGAUAGGCAUUCAAGUAUCUUGCAAAGCGAGGUAUUUCCCCAGUGCCAGCAGGCUCAGAACGAAUGUUUCGUUCUUCAAUCAGAGAUUAGUCUCUUGCGAGCGAAACUGGAAGAAUCGAAAUCACAGAAUGCGACCUAUCACGACGCCCUCAUUGCGGCUGAGAAUCGUUGGGAACGGUCCCAAAGUGCAAGUGUCCGAGAAGUCGAAGCGAAGGGAAGCCGCAAGGAUAGGGAUGCUGGGAAGGACGGGAAAGAGGAAGUGCAUGGAAAGCCGUCCUCUCCUCUACGAACACCAGCUGCGGCCAGCCCUCACACACAAAGCAACGGGUUCCAUGACCCAUCUGAAGUGGAAGUGUUGAACGAGCAGCUCAGAACCAGAGACGCGAAGAUUAUGGAUCUCGAGAAGGAGGCAGCUUUACUGAGAGACCAAAAGACAAUGAUUGAAUUGGAGCAUAAAGCGCCUUCACUGGAGCAGACGGCUCAGGAGAACGAACACUACAAAGUCCUACAGGUUCACGCGUCUUAUCUUGAACAUUCACUUAACGACAAGAACGGACAAAUUACCCGACUUACAGAGGAAUUGAACGACGUACAAAGACUACGUAUUGAGUGGGAAGAGCAUGCCACGAUGUCCUCCAAUCAAACGAUACAAGAACUUAAGAACAUGCUGGCGAAAAGGGAUGCUGACAACACAAGACUACGAGAACAACGCGACCAGCAACACGCCGAACUCGUGGAAAGAAGGCACAAGGACCAGGUCAAGUUUGCAUCUCUGCAGGAAUAUAAGUCACUCUGCGAAAGCAACAUGGAGCGCAUCGAUAUCCUGCAAUCCGAGCUGAGUCGGUGCAAGGCGCAACUCGCCGCAAAUGCCGGCGACGAGGACUUGAUGGCCUUUUUCUUGACGGGACAUUUUGAAGAUUCCAAGUUCUAUGAAGAGUUGAAGAGCCAAAAAACCCGGGCAGAAAACAAGGCGGCCGCGCUCGAGCAAACCCUGGUGAUAUUCCAGAAUGGACAUCCUGAGCAUGGGGAUUCCAUAUUCGUCGAGGUCGAAUCUCGAGAACAACUCAAAGAGAUCAAAUCCCGACUACAUGAAUAUGAGCGAGUGUUCGGGAGUUCUGCAACCCAUCCUCCAGACGUUGCUCGGCUGGUGGAACAGCUUCGAAUAAAAGAAGCUGAGCUCGUGAAACUGCGGUUACAAGAAAGACAGCGCGAGGAGAAUGAAGCAUCUUUAUUCAGCGAAUUGGAGAAAUUAUCUGCUCUAUGGGAAUCUCUGGAUCGACAGUUGAAGAGCAAAGUAUUUGAUUUGAGCAGCUUGGAAGAACGCUUGACCAAGGGACAACACGAGAAAGCUAAGUCGGAGAACAAAUAUUAUGCUGCCAUGCGAGAGAAGGAAGCGAUAGAUUCCGAACGGAAGAAUCUUCAGAGAACUGUUGAAAAGCAGUCGAAGGUGGUCGAUCGGUUGACGGACGUAGAGAAGCAGCUGCGCAAUCAAGUGGGCGUCUUGGAGAAGGAAUGCUCGGCCUUGAGAAAGGGAUUAGAUCUCAUCAAGGAAAGGAACAUAAUCUUAGAAAAGGAAUCGCCUGAAUUGCGGAUCCUUCUUGAGAGCGAACGCAAACACGUGUAUGAGAUGUCUUCAAUAUGGAAUGAACGGGAAAGCGAGCUCCGUUCUAAGGGGGCAGAACUUCGAGCAAAAGAAGAUGAUUUCAUUCGGUCCCGAACUGCCCUCGAGAAGCAGGUUGCCCAGCUGAAGAAAGAAAGAAAAUUGGAAGCCUCUUCAUCAAAUCGCUCCAAAUCAAAUUAUCUUAACACAGAGAUCGAGAACGCAGCGAGGCUUGUUACUUGCUCAACAUGCAAUGCAGGACCUCGUACGACCAUAAUCACGAAAUGCAUGCACAGUAAGGUCCUCCGUUGA